UACCUUUUUUUUGGAGCUCAAGGGUGAGAGAGCAGCUGGGUGGGGGCCCGGCAGCCAGCCAAGGUCAACCCAGUGCAGUUGUUGAAGAUUUUUCUUCGGUAGCGCCGGUUCAGAGUCAGCCCGUGGCUGUAUCUCGAGGGGCAGAUAAAAAUUCAUCGGAAAAUGAACCCGCAAGAGACCAACGUGCUUUGCUACGCGAACCCCUCGGACACGGUCCUGUACCUGGGAAGAGUGGAAAAGAAAUCCAAGGUCAACCCGGGUGUGAAGAGGCAUCCUUACAGCCCUGGGCAGCUUUUGAUUCACCUGGCUGGUGCGGCUCGGGGAAGAGGUGGGAGCUCCGCCAGCGGAUGAACAGCCCUUCGCCGGCAGUGCAUGGGGAAGCCCAGUGGCUCCCAGUUGCUGGCUACCUGAGGUGCCCGGGCUGCGGCCGCAGCGCGUCCCCGUGUCACAAAGGGGCAGCGAUGCGGCACCCGCCCGGCGCUUGUGACCUCACCUGGCCGGCGCUUGGCAUCCCGAAAAGCGAGCCAGAGGCAGCCAGUUGGGCUGAGCUGGCCUUCGGGAUAACUCAGACCCUUCCUCUGCUCCUCGCGUGCCUACUUUUUUUCCCCAACCAUUUAUCGUUUACUGCCCGCUUCUCCUCAACUGCCGUCCUCGUGCAAAGGUGACGGGAUUUGCGCUGAUCUUGCCUUUCUGGAGCGUGUCCUGACAUCCUUUGUCAUCCCAAGCUUUGCCCUCUGUUCCUGCGAGGAGCAACGGCCGCGAUGGCGAACGAGUCCUUCGUUGCUGAGGGAAUGGCUCCGCCACAAAGGAUCCUCUUUCCCCCGGAGAACAUUUACAUGGACUGGCAGCAACGAUGGAGAGCCGGAGCAGGACUCCACAACUCGGACAACACGUGCUUCCUCAACUCCGUCCUGCAGUGCCUGACAUACACACCCCCCCUGGCCAACUACCUGCUCUCUCGUGAGCACAGCCGGUCGUGUCGUCAGCAAGGCUUCUGCGUGAUGUGCAGAAUGGAAAACCACGUUAACACCGUCCUGCGCUCGUCAGGCAAGGUCAUCUAUCCUUCGGCCGUCAUCAGUGUUCUCACACUAAUAGGAGAACAUUUCCAGCUUGGCAUGCAGGAAGAUGCCCACGAGUUCUUACGUUACGCUAUUGAUGCCAUGCAGAGAGCUUGCCUGAGCGGAAUCAGCGACUUGGACACCUCUUCUGAAUCGACUACCAUCAUCCACCAAAUAUUUGGAGGCUUUCUGAGAUCCAGAGUCACGUGCUCGAGCUGCAAAGUGGCUUCCGAUUCCUACGAGGCCUUUCUGGAUAUUCCUUUGGAUAUCAAAGCGGUCUCAUCUGUCACCGCAGCGCUGACGGACUUCGUGAAACCCGAGCAGCUGGAUGGUGGAAACUGCUUUACAUGCAGCCAGUGUAACAAGAAGGUCGCCGCCUCCAAGAGGUUUACAAUCCAUCGCGCGCCCAAGGUUCUCACCGUCUGUCUGAAGAGGUUUGAAGAUUUCACCGGCGGGAAGAUCGACAAGGUUGUGAAGUAUUCCAACUGCUUGGAUCUUCGCCCGUACAUGUCUCAGACGGAUGGAGAACCGCUCUUCUACUCUUUAUACGCUGUCCUGGUGCAUAGCGGUAAUAGCUGUCAUUCGGGACACUAUUUCUGCUACACGAAGGCCGGCAAUGGGCUGUGGUACGAGAUGAACGAUUCAUCUGUGGAUCGUUGUGACAUCAGCACGGUUCUCCAGCAGCAAGCCUAUUUGCUGUUUUAUGUCAGGAGCCCUGAUUUAAGGGGAGGAAGGCCUUCUUCCCCACGGAUAGCAUCACAUGCCCGCGCCUUCCUGAGGCAGUGGGCGGCCGGCAGCAAGCAGGUAGAUCCUGCGGGACCAUGGGGUCUUCUUCCUAGGACUAAGGUAAGCUGCAGCUUUCUUCAAAGCUGCAACGCUUCUCCCUCUCAAAGCAUCCCACCUCGAUCCACCCCAUUUGUCCACCUUUGGUUCUUCUGCCUUUGCGGCCCGCCGGGAGAAGCUCUGGGACGCCCUUAG